GACGUUCCGUGCCCGCUAAACACGCACAGUGCGGUGACCGUGGAGCCGGCAUCGGAGCCGUGGCUCGUCUCGGGAUGAGAUCAAGUGAUAAUCACUGAAAGGAAUCCUGAUUUAUCCCACUUCUACUCUCAGCAAGUCUGGACUAAAAUCAGAAAGAUGGAAUCCUCAAGAAAGCUCUUGGUUCUGGCAUCCCUUGUGUCCUUGGUUUACAUUUCAUCGUCAGAAGUAGACAUUUAUCACCCUCAAUAUGGAAUUGGAAAUCAGGACAUAUUAUCCUCAAGAUUAAGUUCUGGAAAUGUAUCCAACGUGUUUUAUGGAAUCGUAUUUGAUGCUGGAAGCACAGGGACACGCAUUCAUAUCUACACAUUUGUACAGAAGGGUCCUGAACCCCCUCAAUUGUCCAGUGAAAUAUUUGAGUCAGUAAAACCCGGUCUGUCAGCUUAUGCAGAUGACCCUGAGCAGGGUGCAGAGACCGUGCGUGGGCUGCUGGACAUAGCCAAGCAGGCAAUACCUUCAACAUACUGGUAUACUACCCCAGUGGUACUGAAAGCCACGGCAGGACUACGACUGCUUCCCAAGCAGAAAGCACAAGCUCUGCUAUUAGAGAUCCAGGAACUUUUUGAGGAUUCCCCUUUCCUCGUUCCAGAUGACUGUGUUAGUAUAAUGAACGGUACAUAUGAAGGAAUUUUAGCUUGGAUCACAAUAAACUUCUUGACUGGUCACUUGUACAGUGCCAAUGAAAACACUGUCGGAAUCCUGGACUUGGGAGGUGCUUCCACACAGAUCACAUUCCUUCCUCAGACUGAGAGUACACUUCAUGCUGCCCCUGAAGAAUAUAUCAAUUCAUUUGAAAUGUUUAACACUUCCUACAAACUGUACAGCCACAGUUACUUGGGCUUUGGAUUGAAAGUAGCAAGACUGGCUGUACUGGGAGCACUGGAAACAAGGGCAGAUGAGAGCAGAAGGUACAGAAGUUCAUGUCUACCACCGUUCGUGAAGGCAGAGUGGAAAUUUAGUGGUGUCAACUAUAAGUUUGGUGGAAUGAAGGAAGUUCCCUCUAGCUUCCAGUCCUGCUACACCGAAGUCAUUAAGGUAAUACAGCAGAAACUCGAUCAGCAAGAUGAGAUCAAGAAGAGGAGUUUCUAUGCCUUCUCUUAUUACUACGAUCGAGCAGUGGAUGCAGGAAUAAUUGAUCAUGAAAAGGGUGGUGUUAUACUUGUGAAGGAUUUUGAAUUAAAAGCAGAAGAAGUAUGUGAAGACAUAAAUGAGGUGACAACAGGCAGUCCCUUCCUCUGCAUGGAUCUAACAUAUAUCACUGCCUUACUCAAGGAAGGGUUUGGAUUUUAUGAUGACACAAAACUCCAUCUGGCCAAGAAAGUCAAUGAUAUUGAAACCAGCUGGGCACUGGGAGCAGCAUUUCAUUUCAUCCAGUCAUUGAGGACAGCACCCUGAAUUCAAAAAUAGAUCACGAAGCCAAUGAUGCACAUCGACUUUGUUUGAAAAUGAUUCGUAUUUGCCAAACAAGCAAAGUAAUUUUGAUUCCUUUCACUGAAACCGACCCAAAGAUGUUUCCCGAUGGUCCUCGUGGCUGUCAUUUCUCCCACUGGUACGAGGAAGAGGUUAUUUUUCAGCAUUUUUACAAAAUGAUUGGGAGGGAAAAAAUCAAACCAUGGAAGUUUAUGAACUUAGAAACAAUGGGUGACACACCUUCUUGGAUCUAAAGUACUGAAUUGUGUGAUAAUUAUGCAGAAAUUCACCCUCUUAUUGUAAUUCAGGAACAAGCUUGAUAUGUUCAAGGCUGCAGUAAAACUUUUAACACCCUUAGCAAUAUUCACUUGAAAUGAUGAAAGUACAGAAAUGGCAAGUUAUACAAGACUUAAUCAAAUCUUUAAAAAUCUUAAAUGGAAGCCCAGUCUUUAAGAUGUUUUUAUCAUUUAGUGGAGAUUUAAUAGAAUAAUAGACAAAGGAGAAAGCCCUUAACUCCGAGUGGAGUCAUCAGGACACUGUCAUGACUCUACUCAGAGUUUUUUUUUUAAAGCAGGCUUUCUUAUUUUUACGAGGCUGAGUUGCUGGCUCGAUGCUCAACCCAGCGCAGAUGGAAAGUGUGCAAGGGAGCCAGCUGGAUUCGAACUCUGGAGCCUUCGCUCCGAAGUCCGGCACUGAUGCCACUGCGCCACCAGCCGGCCACUGUUGAGGCAAUAAGGCUGUCAAAUCUUCCUAUUGAACAACUUCUGGCUCUUGCAACAGCUGAAAGCGGUGAAGAGGGAGAAGAUUAAUUUUACCUGUGAAGAAUGAGAAGAUACUUUUAUGACAGUCUUAGAUGCCUAAUAACAAAGUUAGUUUAGGGUGAGGUUAGCCCCAGAUGUUCUAAACACUCUUCCUCUGAUAUUAUCACUUUAGUUGUAACUUCAAGUGACCCACCUUUCAGCCCCUGUAUCAAUUUAAAUGCAUCUUUCUGAAUUUUAAAUAGAGGAUUGAAAUAAAAUAUCUACUGGUACUGAGGAUGCAAAAUCCAGCUUUAAUUAGAUGAAGCCUAUGAAUUGACUUGUACGAUAAACCACAUCACUUCUGGGGUCUUAAGGUGCUGAUUAAUCAAUAGUAGUGACACUGGAAAGACUAAUCUUUUAAGGUUGCUUCAAAUGAGAUAUUCUAUCCACCUAAUCUAUAUUUAAAUAAUUAGAGUGGAUAUAUUUAAAGUCUUAAAAUCAGUUUUACAGAUCUAGUUUACACUACAGGGAGCUUAACUUCUUAAUACUGACUUGUCCUCACUCAACAAGUUAACUCUGAAGUUUAAAACUAACCUGUUUGCAACUCAGUUUUCAACCAAAUAAAGGUCUGGAUUCUGGAAAGCAGGAGCGUAUUUUUAGCUGAGAAACACAAGUGGCUGCUGUCUGCAAAAUUUCUUGCAACUGCACGUGAUCUCUAUUCCAGAAUCCAUUCUAGCUCCUGCAAAACAAUACUUAUUUUUGAAAUGCAAAUUGCACUUAACUUUGGCUGUAAUUAAUACUUUAUACAAAGAGUCACUUGUGAUUAUUGAAAAAUUUUGAGGACAUCAUGUCAUGUAAAUUUAAUGUUUGAUAUUUUGUACCAACUAUUUUUUUUAAAUUAAACAAUAUUG